AUGAAUAAUGAUAUAAUAUUAGAUAGUAACAAUAACAAAUGUACACAUCAUACAAAUAAAAAAAUAAAACUUUUAUGUUUGGAUUGUAAAUUAAUUCCAUGUUGUAAUCAAUGUAUUUCUCAAGAUGGUGAACACUAUGGUCAUAAAACAAAUUCUAUAGAUUCAAUGGAAACAUCAAAUAUUCUCAAAAUGAUGAAUUUAUUUAAAAAUGAUAUCAUUCCAAAAUUAAAAGAAACAAUAGAAAAUGAUAAACAAAUAAUCAAUGAAUCUGAAAAUAUUUAUAAUGAAAUAAAACAACAAUAUGAAAAUAAUAAAAACUUAAUAACAGAUGAAUUUAAUAAAUUUCAUAAAAUACUUCAAAUUAUUCAAUUAGAUAUUGAAAAGCAAUUAAAAACAACAUUUGAUCAAAAUACAUCAAUUAAUACUACUAUUAAUUCAUCAAUCAAAAAUAAUAAUGAUAAUGAUAAUAACAAUAAUAAUAGUAAUAAUAAUAAUAAUAAUAAUAAUAAUAAUAAUAAUAAUAAUAAUAAUUGGGGUAUUAAUAUAGAAUCAAUAAGUUAUAAAUUGGAUAAUCUCAAUGAUCCUGACUUACAAAAUUAUGAUGAAAAUCAAAUUUAUAACUGGCUUGAAAAUGAAGAAAUUUAUCAAUUAAUUAAAAAAUAUCAACAAUCAUCAAUAAUAGUAAAUAAUAAUAAUAAUUUUGAUAAUAUAAAUAAAUUAAAAGAAUAUAAAAAUCAAUCAAUACUAUUCAAUAAUCAAAAAAUAGAUGAUAUUAAAAAUAUUUUAAAAUUAAUUUAUAAAUUUGAUAAUAUUAUAGAGAACAAUAAAAAUAAAAAACUAAACAUUGAAUUCGAUGAAAAUAAUUUUAAAUUUAUAAGGAGUAGGUAUGGGAAAUAUUAUAUACAUUCAGAGAAAUGUGAAUUUUCAAACUAUAAAGAUAAAGAAGCAAUUGCAUUCGGAGAAGAUUGUGGUAGUUUAUUAAAAUUUAAAUCAGAACCUAAUUUAAAGAGUGUUAUGUUAUUAGAUGGAUUUAAAGAAAGUUUAGAACCAGGUGUAUUACCACUUGGUAUUAAAUAUUUAGAAAUAUGUGAUAUUAAAACACCAUUAGUAGUUGGAUCAAUACCAUCAACUAUUUCAAGUUUAAUACUUCAUGAUGGAUUUAAUCAAUCAUUAGAACCUGGUAUUAUUCCUUCCUGUCAGGUAAAAAAUGAAGAUAUAUUGCCAUAUACACCCACAGGAGGUGUGCAAUACUUAACAUUACAUAAUAUUAAAAGUGAACUAAACAUUGGAUCAAUUCCAGAGUCAGUAAAACAAUUGAUUCUAAAAGAUGGAUUCUCUCAAACAUUAACGCCAGGUAUUAUUCCAAAAAGUGUUGAAAUUGUAACAUUACAGGAAAUAACAAAACCAUUAGCAAUUGGGUCAAUACCAAAAACAGUUUCAAAAAUAAACUUUUAUAAAGGCUUUAACCAAUUACUUACAGCAGGUAUUAUACCAGAGGGUGUUAAAUCAUUAGAAUUCAAACAAGUUAAUGAUUUAUUGAUUGAGGGUUCUAUUCCUAAAUCGAUUCAUUCAUUAUAUUUCAAUGAUGGUUUCAAUCAAAUAAUAUCACCAGGUAUAAUUACAAAUGGAGUGUGCGAUUUACAUUUGGGAGGAAUUAAACAAGCAUUAUUAGUGAAUUCAAUACCAAAUUCUGUAACCAACUUGUGUAUCUUUAAUGGAUUUAAUCAAGCACUAACACCAGGAAUCAUUCCAAAUUCCAUAAGGAUAUUAAUUUUAGGCUGUGUAAAUACACAACUAUUUGAAGGAUCAAUACCAAAAACAAUUCAAACAAUUAUUUUAAAUAGAAAUAUUGAACCAUCAUCUUUAGAUGUUUGUAAAUUAGAUAAAUCUGAAGAAAAAAAGGAGAAAAUGAUGAAUAGCAGAAUCUUUGUAAGCAAAUUUAGAUGA